CCACUCAGUAAUUAGAGCUGCUGUUGUUUUAGGCAAGCAACUUUGGAUUAUUAAAAACUUCAUCUUGUGAAUGCUGUUCAAAAGGAAAUACCAAUGGGCAGAACCGCAAGAUAUCGCAUACCUUAUCGCUUACCAAGUUAGCACACACACCUUGCCUCAAAUAAAAAUUAUUUUCACAAGAAUGUUCUUUUCAAUGCCGUGCAGGGGCACUGUGUUGAAGCUUUUGACUGGGUAAAGUUGAGAGAAAUGGAAUAAGCGUUUUUAUAAGAGUUCCAUGUUCUGUAACGCUGGUCAUUGAAAAAGAAAUUUGGAUGUUACUCAUUUAGCUUUGAUAUAUUUCCACGUUUCUUGUUAGCUAUACUUCGGCAAACAGUUUUCUUCUUCUUUCAUAAAUAAUUGGAGGCCGACAGGACUGUCCUUUUCCCAACAUCUUGUCACUUGUGGGCAUUAAUGGAAUUACUUCUUUCUUCCUUCCUUACUUUGGAUAUCUAGAAAUUCUGCACAGUUGGUAAUCGUAAAGCGUCGUAUCUCAAAGCUAGUGCUGUAUAAAUGUAAUGCAGAUUGCUAGGCUGACGAAAUCUGAGAGUUAUUUGCUGCACAGUGUGCUACGUCUGCAGGUUAGGAAUCUGAAGAAAAGAGAUUGAGAUUUCUAAGCGUCUGAGUAACUUAAGAAAGAUUAGUAAGGAGAAAUGAGAGUAGCAGUGGUUGGAGCAGGCAUCAGUGGCCUGGCGGCUGCUUAUACUCUAGCUCGAGCAGGGGUUGAGGUGGAUUUAUACGAAAAAGAAGAUUAUUUUGGUGGCCACGCACGCACACUCUGUGUGGAUGGAAUUGAUAUGGACUUGGGGUUCAUGAUCUGUAAUCGUGUCACAUAUUCAAAUCUGAUGGCCUUUUUCCAAGAGCUUGGAGUGGAUUUGGAGCUAUCUGAUAUGUCCUUCUCUGUAAGCCUGGAUAAUGGCAAGGGGUGUGAAUGGAGCAGCAGCAAUGGACUGUCCGGAUUAUUUGCCCAAAAAUCAAAUGCUUUGAAUCCCUAUUUCUGGCAAAUGAUCAGAGAAAUAGUCAAGUUCAAGCAAGAUGUUCUUCAGUACCUUGAGAGCGAUCCUAGUAAUAAUGGCAAUGAAACAUUGGAGGAGUUUAUCAAGUUGAAUGGAUACUCAAACAAAUUCAGGGACGCUUACUUGAAUCCCAUUUGUGCAUCAAUUUGGUCGUGUUCUUUCAACAUGGUCAAGGGCUUUUCAGCUGCAUCGGUGCUUUCUUUUUGCCACAAUCAUCACCUCCUCCAGAUCUUUGGUCGACCACAGUGGCUUACGGUCAAGGGGCGCUCCCAUACAUACGUGAAUAAGGUUUUGGAGGAGCUUGAGAGAAGAGGUUGUAAGACUAAAACGAAUUGCUUUGUAGAAAGUAUUUCAACAGUGGAACAAGGUGUUCUUGUGAAUUCAAAUGGCAUUCAGGAAAUCUAUGAUCAGUGUAUAGUGGGCACCCAUGCACCUGACGCAUUAAAUUUGUUGGGGAAUUGUGCAACAUUUGAUGAGCGUCGAGUUCUUGGUUCAUUUCAAUAUGUUUACAGUGAUAUAUACAUACAUCGUGAUAUCGAUUUCAUGCCUAAGAGUCCAGCAGCAUGGAGUUCUUGGAAUUUUUUAGGAAGCAGUGGCAACAGUGUGACUGUGACAUAUUGGCUAAAUAAGUUACAGAAUUUAGGCGAUACAGGUCUCCCUUUCCUUGUCACUCUCAAUCCGCCAUAUCAACCGAAACAUACCAUUAGCACAUGGUAUACCAGCCAUCCUGUUCCAUCACCUGCUGCUGCACAAGCAUCAAAGGAAUUGGACUUAAUUCAAGGAAAGAGAGGAAUAUGGUUCUGUGGUGCAUAUCAAGGUUAUGGAUUUCAUGAAGAUGGGUUCAAGGCUGGUAUAGAGGCAGCACAUUGUUUACUAGGAGAAAGAUACAAUACAUUGCAAGACACAUUACAGAUGUCACUGUCAUGGCAUGAGAUUGGAGCACGUCUAGUUGUCACUAAUUUUCUUCAACGGUAUAUUUGCACAGGUUGUUUGCGCUUAUUGGAAGAUGGAGGAACCAUAUUCCAAUUUGAAGGGAGUGAUAAACGAUGCAGUAAGAAAUCCGUCCUGAUAAUUCACCGACCAUCAUUCUACUGGAAGAUUGCAACCAGGGCAGACCUUGGACUUGCCGAUGCGUAUGUUGAUGGUGAUUUCUCCUGUGCUGAUGGAGAGGAAGGCCUUCUGAACAUGUUUUUGAUUCUCAUUGCAAACAGGGAUCUCAAUCAAUCUGUGACAAAGAAAAAUCGUCGAAGGGGAUGGUGGACACCAAUGCUUAUCACUGCAGUAUAUUGGUCUGCAACAUCAUUCUUCCGACAUGUCUCUGAGCGGAACACUCUCACACAAGCUCGGAGAAACAUCUCUCGUCAUUAUGAUCUAAGCAAUGAUUUGUUCUCGUUGUUUCUAGAUGAGACGAUGACGUAUUCUUCUGCAAUCUUCAAGGGACCACAUGAGCCGCUGAAGGAUGCCCAGAUGCGAAAAAUACAUUUAUUGAUAGACAAAGCUCGAUUAGAUGCUAGCCAUGAAUUGCUAGAAAUUGGUUGUGGCUGGGGUAGUUUAGCCAUAGAAGUUGUCAAGCGAACUGGAUGCAAAUACACAGGAAUUACUUUAUCAGAAGAGCAACUGAAGUUUGCACAGAAGAAAGUUGAAGAGGCUUGCCUUCAGGAUAAAAUAACACUGCUUCUGUGUGAUUAUCGAGAAUUACCAGGAUUUCACAAAUUCAACAGAAUCAUAUCAUGUGAGAUGCUAGAAAACGUUGGGCACGAGUUUAUGGAGGAUUUUUUUGGCAGAUGUGAGUAUCUGUUAGCAGAAGGUGGUCUUCUUGUUUUGCAGUUUAUCUCAAUACCUGAUACAAGAUAUGAUGAAUACAGAAGAAGUUCUGACUUCAUUAAAGAAUAUAUAUUCCCUGGAGGAUGCCUGCCUUCGUUGAGCAGAGUUACCUCAGCCAUGGUAGCUGCAUCUAGACUAUGCGUGGAGCAUGUGGAAAAUAUUGGCAUACACUACUAUCAGACUCUGCUAUCGUGGAGGAAAAACUUUAAGGAACAUCGCAGCGAGAUUUUAAAGCUGGGCUUCAACGAUCACUUUAUAAGGACAUGGGACUACUAUUUUGUAUACUGUGCUGCAGGAUUUAAAACUCUUACCUUGGGAGACUAUCAGGUGGUAUUCUCGCGGCCUGGCAAUGUUAAAACAUUUCAAGAUCCAUAUUCGCCCAUCCCAUCAGCUAAUUGAAUUGACAAUUUUUAAAGGCAUUUGAAGCUCCAACUCAAUGAAUGCAACUGGUUAUGCCAAACCAGGAAAACUUUGAUUUGAUUGCUUAUUAUUUUCUUCAUUCUUUCUGCGGCCUUGCGGCCUUGAGAUACUGACAAAAAUCUCUCAUUGUUUCCGCAGCAAUGGAUUUUGGUUAAAUGUUUAUUAACAAGUACUCUUUACCAAAAGAUACUGACAAAAAUCUCUCAUUGUUUCCGCAGCAAUGGAUUUUGGUUAAAUGUUUAUUAACAAAGUACUCUUUUCCAAAUUAAUGGCGAAUGCGGGUUUCUCGUCA